AUGGCGCUGGGCUCCGAGUGGAGUGGAGGCUCGUCGCCCGCGCGAAAGUGGUGGGGUCCGCUGGAUGGUCCAAAGCCUGACCUACCGAGCGCCGGGACAGCACCCAGCGGGUGGCAGGAGGAGCGGAAGAUUGAUCCUCAGGAGGAGCAGUUGGCCAUCGCCGCCAAAAACGAGGCGGCGCAGCUUCGGCGGAAACUGAAGUCCCUCCGAGCGGAGAUUGCAAAGCGGAACGCAGCUCUUGAACUGCUUCCUGGUGGAAGCCUGCUUGGGGCCGACCAGCUCCUUCGCGGCUUUCGACAGGUGUCGCUGCGGAGUUUUUGGGAGUUGGUCCGAGAGGGCAACUCUGAGGCACUUAGACAAGACGACGGCUUCGUGCAAUGCGUGGGCAAGAGCUGCUUUCAAGGCCAAGAUGCCCAUGUGAUGCCCGCCCUGGACAUCACAGCCUGCAAGCAGCUCUGCAGGGCUGGGACGGGCUCUGGCGCCUACGGGGCCUUCGUGGUGCAAGGAGGCUAUGCCUUCUUCCGCCAGCAGCCGGUUGGCCAGUGCCGACAGCAGCUGAGGGACGAGCCCAACGCCACGACCUACCUCAACUCCUCCCUUGAGGCGGCGGCCCUGUGCGCAGAUAUCCGCAAGGCAGUCGCACGGCGUCAAGAGCUCCGAAAGCAGGACCGACGCGGCGAGGCUGCCCCUGCGGCCAACUCGGCGCCGAUGGUGGAGACCUGGCGAUCCCUUGAGGCAGAGCUACGCCGGAAGUCGACACACAGCUUGGAGCUGCACAGGCGCGUGCAUGACCUGGAGGAAGAGCUGCAAAAGCAGCUUCAGGGGACGGACACCCGCAUGGAGCAAGUUCUGUCGGCGGUGCGCUCGGCAGCCAUGCAUCUGAAAUCGGAGGCGGCGCGCAACGACAAAUGA